AUGGAUCACGGCGCACACGACAUGAAUGUAAGGUGCUCAAUGAACAUGCUCUGGAACACCCAAAUCAUCGACACAUGCGUCGUAUUCAGACAAUGGCACAUCCACUCUAACCUUCAGUUCUUCUUCUCCUUCCUCGCCAUCGUGGCCCUAGGCCUGCUCUACGAAUACCUCCGCGUCUUCUCGAGGGACUUUGAUAAGCGCAUCGCUAUGAAAUUGAGGAUUCAGAGCGGACGUAGAACGCCGCUUACUACGAGUGGGCAGAGCUCGCCUGAACGUCGUGGUGAUGGUGUUGAGGAGAUAGGCUUGUUGAAUGGGUUGAGGGUCGCGAGGAAGCAGGGAUUCGCUGUGCCUCCUCUCUAUCGUACCCUGCGCGCUGUGCUGUAUGGAGCUAGCGUGGGCUUGUCUUUCUUUUUGAUGCUGGUGUUCAUGACGUACAAUGCAUAUCUGAUUUUUGCAGUUAUCCUUGGUGCCGCAGUGGGACACUACAUCUUGGGUGAUACUAUAGAGCCAAACGGCCCUGCUGACAAGGGGAUGGCAUGUCAUUGA